AUGGCGAGUCGCCGUCUGCCUCGCGCAUUGACGACGUUGACGAUUUUUUUGGGAGGCCUCUAUUUAGGAAAUUUGCAGCAUCAACUGACAUCACGUCAGGAAGCUCCCGUGACGGCUCUGGGCGGCCCGGCAUUGCCUUUGUCUUUCUCGGGAGCAAGCGUUCCACACUACGAAUCCGCACAUGCAUCCUUUCUUUGGAAUACUCGUUUGAAAUCGAUUCACGCGGCUUCCCAGCUCAAAGUGAACGACCCCCGCUACUAUUUUUCCGAUUUUACGGCCCAACUCUUGGCCAUUGUUGCACCGCGAUUGUCCCGGUCCUCCGGUCACGAUGCCGAUGGUGUGACUGUCCAGUAUUUGCUCGAUCGGAUACAGGCUCGGUACGAAUACUUACACGCUCAAGGGCCGAUUGCGGAGCCCGUCAAAAUCGUCGUCCUUGGAGGCAGCGUUUUGGUGGGACGCAACUGCCGCAAGCUCUGCAAGGAUCUGGGGUUGCAACUGCGCAUGCCUCAACGCGAAUGCACCUGGGCUCAUCGACUAGGAGUCUUCCUGAACGUCCUGGUACCUGACAUCUUUCGCGUCACCAAAAUUGCCAUGGGCGGGACCAAUACGGCGGUCGGCACGACCAUUUGGAAGUACGAUUUGUUGCCACCCGAAGCGCGUCAACCCGACGUUGUCAUCAACGCCUACAGUACCAACGAUAUGCACAUCCUCACGGCGUUGGAAGCAUCCUCCGGUAACCAAACGCUACGGGAUCGCGUUUUUGUCAUGCUCCAAGACUUUGCGCGGGAAGUCCUGGUACCGCCGCCAUUGGCGUGCACCAACGCGCCUCCACCGCCACUUUUUCUCCACGUGGACGACUACCUCGGCAACGAGCAACGCGCAAUUCUGGCCACGACCGAGCUGCGACAGAGCGUGGAUGUACUAGCGGCGUACUACAUUUUUCCUACCGUCUCCUACGCAGACGUAAUCCGGGAUUUGGUAUACGGUGAUACGGCGGAAUCGUGGUUUUCUCCCGAAGGCUGGUACGUCAAGGGUAUGUCAGGGAUGCAGCGGGAGAUUCACCCCGGAAUGGGUAUGCACAUUGUUAUGGUCUGGGUGAUUGCCUUUAACCUGUUGCACGUCACUGUUGGCUCGGGACGUGCCAUUGCAGAAUGGGCCGUACACGAAUGUUCGCGGCAAGCCAAACCGUCUUCCCGAAAGCUUGCCACCCCCGUUGACGUCCAACACAACUCUAGAGACAAUAUCGAUUGA